AUGGACGAAAAACCUAGCCGGACGACCUCUGCCGGCGUGCCAGCAUGGCUGAAACGAUGGGCAGGCAUGCACUCGCUCGGCCCGCCUCCGGCGUAUGCCCUCUACGUCUGGCCCUUUGUCGGCUCCUUCUGCUCUCUCGCCGUCCUGCAGGCCGUCUUUGGUCACUCCUGGUAUUUCAUCGUCCGCGGGUCCCCAGCUCUCGUCACCUCCUAUGGAGCAUCGGUGGUGCUGUGCUUUGACAAGAUCGAGUCUCCCUUUGCACAGCCCCCUGCACUGGUGGGCGGCCACUUUGUAUCCGGCCUGAUCGGCGUCAUCAUCAGCAAGAUCCUCUACGGCUCGUCGACGCUCGAGGACGGUGCGUACCCCGAGUACACGUGGGUCGCCGCCUCCUUUGCGACCGCCUUUGCCAUCCUUGCCAUGCAGCUCACCCGGACCACACACCCGCCGGCCGGCGCCACGGCGCUGCUCCCCAUUCUCGACAGGACUACCAACAAGCUCAGCUGGUACUUUUUGCCAAUCCUGCUGUUGUCGUCAACCCUGGUCCUCGCGAUUGCGCUGCUCAUCAACAACAUCCAGCGGAGGUAUCCCUCGUUCUGGUUCGAUCCGAGCAGGCCGACCGCGCCCAAGAAGCCGGCCCCGGCGGAGAUGAGCCGCCCAGCUGCCGAGAUGCCCCCUCAGUCGUCUCCGAAAGAUGCUCCCCAGCCGUCGGACGUACCGGAUGAUCUUGAGGCAGGGUUGCCACGGAAUGGGACCGUGUUCAAGGGGUGA